AUGUCAAAUAAUCUUAGAGAACAUCAGAUUAACUCCGACAUCUGGCGUUAUAAUGUAAAAGGGAAAUGUGGGAAUCAGUUAUUCUCAGAUGACUACCUGGGAAAUGUUAAUGGGACCGUAUUGAAUCUUGAUUGUGAACGUCAGUAUGCUACUCAAAAUAAAACGUCUUCCGUUUGGUUGGGCACGGGCCUCCACGACGCUUCAAAUUUACUAUCUGAUGUCGUCCCGUCCGAUCCCCUACAGGAUAGAAAAUCGUUAUAUUGCCAGGCUAUUCCUACGACUUUUUACCCAGAUGCUUUGUUUCAAGAAAAGACACUGGUGGAUCUUGACAGCAUUCCGACGUUUUCGGCUGAGACCCAUCUCCUUGUUGGUAGUGGGCCGGUCCAUGAAUGCACCGAAUGUAGUAAUUCCUUCUCAGGCGAAGCAAACCUUUUGGUUCACAAGCUUAGGGAGCAUACAGAGUCAUAUUUUCCUGACAUGUCUACAUUUAUCUGCCCCUUCUGCCAAAAGAAGUAUAACAGAAUCGCUGCAUUUAAAUGUCAUCUCCAAUUUCACAAAACGGAAGAAUUCUCAUGUCCAAAGUGUUCUAGAUCCUUUGGUUCCGAUGGACUGCUAUCCACUCACCUGCUCACUCACAAUACAACUUCUGGUCUAAGAGAUUUGAACGAUGCGGAUAUGAUUCAGCUACGCUCUUUUUGCUGUCGGUUAUGCAAUGCAAGCCUUUCCUCAGUUGGAGAACUUCGGAAACACUACCGUCUUUUCCAUCCUGGCAGCCCGAAAAAGUCGACAGUUAAAAGUCAACUAAGAGAAACUUCACCGCCAAAUAGGAUGUCUCCUUCUGCUGAUUUGACAACUUCCACUGAGCGUGCCUGCAGAAAGAGCAAGCUAAGGGCCGUCGAGUCUCUUAAAAAGGUAUCAAGCAAACAACGCAGAAAAAGAGACAAAGACGGGGAAUUAAAUAGUGUCAUAAAAAAUAAUCUUUCUUCUGGCAUUGAUCUGUCUGACACAGAUAAAUACAUUCAGAAAGUAAUGAAAAACCGGAAAAGAUGUGCUUUUGUUUGUUUGUUAUGCAACAAAAAAUCAUCAUCUCUUUUCGCCGCAAAACGUCAUCUGUCUACUCACACUGGCACAAAACCAUACUCAUGUCCCGUUUGCUCAAAAUCAUUCACACAAAUGUCCUCGGUAAAGACGCAUAUUGUUGUUCACAAUGAUGCAGGACAAUUUUACUGUGAAUAUUGUUCUAAGACAUUUCAUUAUGAACACAAUUUAACCGCACACUUGUGGAGACAUCACAAUGGUAGCCAUAACUUGCGGACUUCACAAAAUACUGACGCAGCUAUUGAGGCGUGUCCGGAGGAUUUGAGUGUUUUCGAAAUGAAGCGGGUCAAUCUUUCUAUAUUCUCAGCGAUAACCACCAUCCUAUCUGUCCUUUCUUCCAGCCUCGAUGGCUUUGAUCUCCGUUUUCAUUGCCGCUAUUGCCUUUCCUCCUUCAAGGCCAAGUCGCCACUUCAGUUACACCAGCGCCUUCAUUUAAAUGAUAUCAGUUCGUCCGCAUCUCACCCUUUCUAUACAAACCUCAUGGUUGGUUCCUACAUGGGCCGAAAUCGUCGCAGAAAAGUGCCUGCUACUCAUGCAAAAACGAAAACAUUUCUUUCUUCGUCUUCUGCGCUUUCUGAACGUCACCGGACUCACCCUCAACUUUCCCACUUGCUUGAAUCCACUCAGCAAAAACGUUCUCAUGCCAAUCUGUGCAAUAAAAUAACCAAUGUUGUAAACUUAUGCUACUUUCGGAAACGGCUAGCUAGACUCCAGCCGUCUCUGCCUCGUUUCGGAUCCCCAUCGCCAUAUGAGGGUACUAAAAAUGUGAAUCGAUUUUAUUUGCGCCGGCAAUUAUUAAAAGACCUAAUUCGACAAGCAAGUCCAUUUACUCGCAUUUGCGCUGUUUGCUGUCAGGCUUUGCCAAAUAGCCGUACUGCAUUUUGUCACCUUGUGAGCCAUUUUCUUUCUCGGAAUUUCAUAUGUCCUGUCUGCAACAGGAAGUUUCACUGCGUUUCGAUUUGUCUUCUUCAUCUUCGAAUAGUUCACAAUCGUCCAAAAUUAUAUCCAUUCUUUGAGUGCAAAGAAACCUUGCCUAAAUUCCUCCGGGAGCAAUUGGUCUCCUCUGCAUGCGUGAAAUUUUCCAUGACCGAAAAUAACAAGAGUCCGCCACAUGGAUUAUCCAGCGAAAUAUUUGAUAAAUCCAACCCACAGGAGAUUCCGGACGUUCGCCAAGUGGACCAGUUUACAGUCUCAGAAAACGAUGCUCCGAGAAACUCUUUCUCAGUAUACCUUCAGGAUGCAUCACACUACAUUCAACCGGAUCCUAGUAGUUCGUGUCCUCAGGCAACGAACAUGCCUGAGUUGCCACCUGUAGAUGAACUUCUUCAAAGCACCCAGCCAGUUGGUGAUUUUAACGGAACCGAACCUGUUGUGGCGGCGGAGGAGGCAACAUGGCUUGGCCCUGUCAUUGCGACGUCGAUUGCACAGCCACAUCUUAAUCAGUCCACCUUUGUUAUCCUUCCAAAUGACUCUUCGAUCUCAGGCCUUGUUCAAGCAGAUCCAAACUCACUCGUUACGGAUGAACCUGUGGGCAUGGUAUCUGACCUAGGUGGAGACCCAGUUCCGGUCGUGAAUCAGGCCGUUCCAUCCUCCGCGCCCUUCAUAUUUGGUCAAACUGUGUAUGAGCUCCAAUCCGGUGAUAUUUUCAUCCUCCCGCAGGGAACAACUCUGGGUCAGAUGGAGGAUUACAGUCCGCGUAUCUUCUGCGGGGAAGCAUAUAGUUACGUAGAUGCCCAAAAUCUAUCCCAGCUUCAGGUGUUUGAGUCAGAUCUCCCUGGUCUGGAUUUACGUGGUGACUACGAAACUGUUGAAUCGGUUAAUUUUGGUCCGGCAGAUGGAGAACAGUUGGUGCGCUUUGAUCCGGCCUCUGAAGUUGGAAUUUUAAAUGCUGGCGCUUCAUCACACUUUGCGCCGACUGGAUCUGACGAACAGGCACAGGUGCCAGCCUUUGCACAAGAAAACGCCAUGCCUACCGUUGUGCCGACUGAACCCUUACUGCCUACUGUGUCUCCGAAGGAUACACAGGGCAGUUUUGUUCAGUCUCAGCCAAUGCCCGUCUACCAGGUGAUACAACAGGACAUGCCCAUUCCUACCGAACUGCCGAACACGGCAUUUUUCGGCUGCCUUCACUGUUCUUCACAAUUUUUAUCUGCUUCAGACCUGCAAGUUCACGCCAGCACGCAUUCAAUUGCCACCAACGUGGCUGUCUGUGCAGUCUGUUACGCGGCCCAACCACGCCCUCCAAAAGACGGCUUUUGUUCUGUCUGUGGGCAAAACGGAUUUCAGGAGGCACAAAACAGCUACACCCUUUACAACUCCGCUGCUGACGGUUGCCGAUUUUACUGUGCUCACUGUAAUCAGACGUUUCUGGAUAUUGCCUCUCUGGACUUGCAUAUAGCCCAUCUCUCGAAUGGGGAACCGGAAAAAGUCCUCACACAGGCAUGCAUACAG